UCCCCGUAGUUCUCAGACUGGGCGCGCGGAGCCUGGGUGGGAAAUUUGUAUCUCGUGAGGAGGAAGUGUGUGUGUGUUUUCUGUGUGUGUGUGUGCGUCGUGUGUUGCUUUAAAGCAUGGCUCUUAACUUUCAGUCAUCCACUCUUUCUCUCACUUUACCGAUCUCGUGUCAGAUAUGUCUCGGAAAGGUCAGACAGCCGGUCAUUUGUGCCAACCACCACGUGUUCUGCUCGUCCUGCAUGGAGAUGUGGUUAAAGAAAGCCAGCCAGUGUCCCACCUGCAGAGUCCCCAUCACAGCAGACAGCCCCUGCAGAGAAAUCAUCGGAGGCACAAAUGAGAGUGAUCACAGUGACAGCCCUUCCAUGAGGAAAUGUCUCAGAAAAACAAGAGGGGAGCUGCUUUUAAGGGAGUAUGAGGAGGAAAUCGAAGGGCUCAUCAGAGAAAAUGAAGAGCUGAAAACAAAAAAUCAAAGUCUGGAGUCACAACUGAAGACCGCUUUGAAUCCCUGCAGCAUUAAUACAGUGCAAACAGAUGACCAGAAAGUUGAUCCGGAGGAAUGGACAAACAAGCUACGAGCUGCCAGAGAUGUUUGCGAUAAAGUAAAGCAGGACAUGGACAAGCUUAAAGAGGUGAACAAGGCACUACGGUCUCAAAACGAAGAACGUCAUCGAAUCGUCCAAGAGAAUAUGAGGUUGAAAGCAGAGGUGGUGAGCAGAUCACCUCAGAAGUUUGGUCGUUACACAGUGGCAGCACUGGAAGCUAAAAUCCAGCAAUACGAGCGUGAUGUGGACCACUUGCAGAGGGCUCUGAAGCGCAGUGACCAGUACAUUGAAGACCUCGAGUCCCGCAUCGGAAAGUCCGAGAAGAAACGUCUUGAUGUGCAGGAGGUGUGUGAGAGCAGCAAGGCCGCUUCAGAAGCGUUCACACAGCAACAGAAAAUCAACAUGAUGAUGAGAAGCUUGAGUGACAACGAGAGGGGCUCGAUCUGCAGCAAUCCAGAGGCAGAAUGUCGGACAUUUUCUAGAAAUCACAGUUUGAUGUUCAUGCCGUCGGCAGAUCACAAACCGUUUCAAAAGAAUCUGGCUGAAGAGCAGAAAAACGUGGACUUGGAAAGCACCUCCUCUGACUUUUUGCCCACCACUCCAUCCUCUGCCUUUCGGUCCCUGACUCUGAGAAGCCCGGGCAUCCGGGAGAAGAAAGUUGCAUUUAAACCCGUGUCUUAUCUCAGGAGGCUUGAUUUUGAAGAAUUUCCUAGUCCUAGCAAGAGUACCAGCACAGUGGAGAACCAAUUCAGCAGCCUUGACACAUUCCCUAAAGACCUGCCUCCAAAAACCAACAUGGAGCCCUCAAAGUCUGUCUUCUGGGGUGGUUGGCAGAGAUCUGAAUCCGAUGAGCAGUCGUGUCCAGGUCCAAGCACCGAAAGCUCAGUCGAAGGAGCCACAUCUACUAAACAUGCAGGUGAUAAUGCUGAUAGUUUCCAGAUGUCCUGCGAGGCCUCCAUGGAUGCAGCUUAUCUGGACAAAAUCACAGAGCUGGACUCCAUGAUGCUGGAUGGUGAGAGUUCCAGUAGCCGGGGAUCACAGCUCUCUCUGGCUUCCCUCCCUCUCACAGACUUGGACAACACUAUCGUCCCAGAACCACAAACCUGUCCCGACGUCUCAACAAGCCACGUCGGAGAACCUGUGUCACAAAGCGACGAGAAGAACCACCCGCCGUGUGACAACAUGGAUGACAAAGAGGCUCCAAAAGGCUCUGCGGAGGAAAGUUUUGCUGCACUGGGGUCAAGCAUGUUGAGCGGUGCCCACGUCCCUGACUGUGCAGCGCACGGAGGAUCCUCUCAGACUGACGAACUGUCUUUUGAUUUGCUGUUUGAUUCACUAGAAGAGAAUAAGGCCGGUCCCUCUGGCCGUCUCAGUCCAGCAAGCCAAGACCACGAUCGUGUAAACACUUCGUCCUCCUUCUCCAGCUGCAUCGGUAAACCUGUGAACACAACAAGAACACUGAACAUCAGCCAGCCGACAAAGAGAAAGUCUCACAGCCCCUUUAACACAAGCAGUCCCACAAAACUUUCAAAGCUCAUGUGAAAGUUUUUAAAAAACUGAACCUGUGUUCAAUGACAUGUAGUCUGUUUUGGUCAGACCACAUGGAAGUUAUGCUCAGGCGUAACUUAUUGUCUGUUACUGAUAUUGUAAAUGAAGACAGGUUUGUCAGUUGUUGUGUAGUCUACUUGUAGAUCUCUCUGUGGCAGUUAAAUGCGUUCGAGGCGAGUCUUUCCAGUCUGCCUGUGUUGUGUGUGUGUGUGUGUGUGGACAAACACUUCUAUACUGUUUUUUGUGGUAUUGUGGUGCAUCAACUCUGGUGCCGAGGCAUACUUGUAUGUGUUUGUCAUUUCAGUAAAGUCCUCAUGGUAAUCUUUUUAUGUUUACACGCAGGGCUGAAGAUAGAUGAACAUGACUAUGGCUAUAAAAAGCGAUAUUUUGAAUUAAAUAUUUGCAAUGUAAGCGUGUGUUAAGAAAUAAAAUAGAAAUGCAAUGAGAAACAAUGUAUGAAAUGUUUUCUUGUGUGUUUUUGUGUCUUCUUUAGAUCACGAUUCAGGUAAAUCUAAACC